GCUCCUCCAGCGAGGCUCUCAGACUGAAGCAGACAAAGGCGAGGGGAAGAGACGGCGAGCCGCUAUCCUGCAGCAGCAGCAGUAGCAUCGACUCACGCAUUGACUCACACCCCUCCCUCCACGCUCACACUCAGCACGCAUACAGACACGCACGCACGCGCGCGCACGCACCCACGCUCCCUUCUCUCCGCAAGCAGCGACGCAGACCCUCCGGCGCUGGUCACCACCACACAUCCGUCCCAACCAUCUCGACAUCUUCGAGUCACCAUGGAGCUAGACUUUGGACAUUUCGACGAGAGGGACAAGGCGUCCCGCAACCCGCGCGGCGGGCGCCUGAACGGACUCCCCAGCCCGACCCACAGCGCCCACUGCAGCUUCUACCGCACGCGCACCCUGCAGGCCCUCACCAACGAGAAGAAGGCCAAGAAGGUGCGCUUCUACCGCAACGGGGACCGCUACUUCAAGGGCAUCGUGUACGCCGUGGCCAACGACCGCUUCCGCACCUUCGACGCGCUGCUGGCCGACCUGACGCGCUCGCUCUCCGACCACAUCAACCUGCCGCAGGGCGUCCGCUUCAUCUUCACCAUCGACGGCACGCGCAAGAUCUGCUCCAUGGAUGAGCUGGAGGAAGGGGAAAGCUACGUCUGCGCCUCGGAGAACAACUACAAGAAGGUCGACUACACGAAGAACGUCAACCCCAACUGGUCCGUGAACGUGAAGGCCUCGGCGAGUCAGAAGCACAUGCAGGCCUUCGCCGCCAGGGCCGCCGCCACCGCCGCCGCCGACUCCUCCGGCGAGGGGAAGGACUUCGUCCGGCCCAAGCUGGUGACGGUGAUGCGCAGCGGCGUGAAGCCGCGCAAGGCCGUGCGCAUCCUGCUCAACAAGAAGACGGCGCACUCCUUCGAGCAGGUGCUCACCGACAUCACGGAGGCCAUCAAGCUGGAGAGCGGCGUGGUGAAGAGGAUCUACACGCUGGACGGGAAGCAGGUGACCUGCCUUCAAGAUUUCUUUGGCGAGGACGACGUCUUCAUCGCGUGUGGACCGGAGAAAUUCCGCUACGCCCAGGACGACUUCUCCCUGGAUCAGAACGAAUGCAGAGUGAUGAAAGGAGCCAAAGCUCAACGUGGUUCAAUCAAGAGUCCUGGUCCGAUCAGGCGCAUCAAGUCUCCUGCUGAAUCAACCAACGGGACGGGCUCCAGCAGCCAGCUCUCCACCCCCAACAGUCCAGGCCUCAACAACAAGCAGAAGGAUCUCUACUUGCCCUUAUCUCUGGACGACGACGACUCCCUCGGCGAGUCGAUGUAGACCCUCCUUUUCUUUUUUUGGCCUGAAACACAGAGGUUUUUGUACCUCUGCUGCUUCCCACCUUGCUCCCAGUGCCACCUGUUGUUGUCUAGGAGAACAAAUUUAUUUGUCUUUUUAAGGCCUUAGCCUCCGGGGGCUAUGACGCCAUUUGCUGCUUGAGAAUAGGGGUUGGUUUAUUUUUUUUUUCUCAAAUCUGUUUCACCCACGUUGCAAAAAAAUGAGCUCAAUAAAAAAAAAAGGGCACGCGGUUCACUAACCAGGUGAUUACACGCUGUGGGAAAUGUCCCUUUUUGGUCGAAGGGUGCACUCUUUCUUUAAUAUUUGUCACGGAAUUCCAAGCAGCAAAUGGAUAUUUCUAGGGGUGUUAGUCAGAGCUGACCUAACUUUUCUUUUUUUUCUUUUUUUUUGUCUUUUCUAUCACUUGUAUUCGUGACGUUUCCUCUGUGUCCUCCCGUCCUACAGCCUAAGGUGUGAGAGGUAAAUGGUUCUGCUAAGCCCGACGGUCUUUCCUACGCGCUGUAAAUACCGUGCACAGCUACCCCAUCACGACACCCCCCCGCCCAUCGCUCUGCUCCCAUGUCCGUCCUCACAAAAGUCCCACCACGUAGGGGGGUGGGGGGGGGUGAGUGGGAUGCUGCUCCUGACUGAGGAGGAUUAUGGGAAGCCGCAGCCUCCUCCAGUCAUGUCCCCCGUCCCCCAACUGAAUUAUAUAAACGAGACGAUUAUACAACCCUGAAUAAAAUGAUCCUUUUUUUUAAACCACAGUGGAGGCCUGAACAUCCUUCCUGUGGCAAUGAUUGGCAUUCGUCUCAUCGGGGGACAUGAAGUAACCUCCCACGUAGCCCUCCGCGAUGCCUCUGUGUUGCCGUUUCCUCUAUUUUGGAGCCUCCUGCAUAGACGCUAUACAUGGUACACAUCUGUGUUUUUUAGAUUUUCAUCAAACCGCAGUGCAUGAUGUUAAAUGAUUCUGAAAACUUGAGACUGAGCUGAUUUUGAAGGACGUAAUGGUGCAUAAAAAAAAAAAAAACAACCAAAGGAAAACUUAUUGGGGCCCUUUUUUUUAUAAAAUAAAAAAAAAAAUCUUCAAAAA